CAUUUUCUUUUGAAUUUACGGAAUUGACCCUGGGUUCUCGAAACUGAAGAAGCAAGCGGGUCUCAUCAUUUCGCCUUUUCAUUUUCUUUACCCCUCUCUCCUCCCUAUCGGUGAUAGUGUGAUUUCUCUCAAAAAGAAAGGAACCUCGCAAGUCGUAUUCGAUAUCGUUAGAGAUCAUCAAUCGUUCCUAAAAUAUCGGAAACUUUUCGAACAUUGGCCUCCAGUUUGAAUUUUGAUCGAGUUAUUAAUUUGAAGUGCAAGUAGUUGGUAGAGGAUGGCGUGUAGGGGCUUCUGGGCGUGCCUUUUGAAGCUUCUGAACUUACUAAUGACCCUUGCUGGUCUGGCCAUGGUGGGCUAUGGAAUAUAUCUACUGGUUGAAUAUGAAAGAGCUGCAGAUGAAACUGCUGUUUCUCCUUCCAGUUAUGAUCAAACUGUAAUUCAAUUUGGGCGACCUAUCCUUACUGCUGUGUCGCUAUCAGAUAGUAUUAACUUGCCCAAGGCUUGGUUUAUUUACUUAUUCAUUGGUAUUGGAGUAAUUCUCUUUGUCAUUUCUUGUUGUGGUUGUAUUGGAAUUGCGAUGAGGAAUGGAUGCUGUCUUUGUUGUUACUCAAUUUUGGUGGUAUUGCUGAUCCUGGUGGAGCUUGGUUGUGCUGCCUUUAUAUACUUUGAUAAAAGCUGGGAAAAAGAAAUUCCAGCUGACAAAACUGGAGAUUUUGAAAUGAUAUACAAAUUCCUGAAGGAGAACUGGAAUAUUGUGAAAUGGGUUGCUCUUGGGAUUGUAAUCUUUGAGGCCCUUAUUUUCUUGAUAGCCCUUAUUGUUAGGGCCUCAAAUAGGCCAGCAGAUUAUGACAGUGAUGAUGAGUUCAUUAAUCCAAGGCACCAAAUCCGGCAGCCAUUGAUAAACAGACCAGCAGGCCCAGCAACAGGUGCACCAGUUCCCAGUGCGAUUGACCAGCGCCCUGGCAGGAAUGAUGCAUGGAGUACUAGGAUGAGGGAAAAGUAUGGGCUAGAUACUUCAGAAUUCACAUACAACCCAUCUGAGUCACAUAGGCUCCAGCAAGGAAACUCUCAGCCAACUGAAGAAAGGAAACGCUGCACCAUAAUGUAAUCACUUUGUGGAUUGCUGUCCAAAGCCAUAUUAGGUUGACUUCCAAGGAUUGUUUUUAUGGGCAAUGGCAUUGAGACUAGAAGUUUGUCAGAAAAGUAGUCUUGUUGAGUUUGUGUACAACUCGCAUUUUUCUUUCUGCAUCUUUUCUUGUUAUAUCACAUGGCAGCAGCAGCUCCAUUUUGUUGUGUAAUAUCCGUAAUGACAUUGUGGCAUUGUUUGUGUAGUUUUGGGUAGUGAUGUGCUCUCUAAGGUGCAUAGGCCUCAUUUUCCUC